UGGCGUCACGGCGGUGACGCAGCCCCGGAGGCGGCCGGUGGCGGCGGGAGGCGCCCGGACCGCGCCGGGCAUGGUGUGCGGGGACCCCCGCGCCAUGGAGCUGGAGAACAUCGUGGCCAACACCGUCCUGCUCAAGGCACGGGAAGGAGGCGGCAGCAAGAGGAAAGGCCGGAGCAAGAAGUGGAGGGAGAUCCUGCGGUUCCCACACAUCAGCCAGUGCGAUGAGCUGCGGCAGGGCCUGGAGCAGGACUAUGGCAGCCUGUGCCAGCGGCAGCCCAUCGGCCGCCUGCUCUUCCGGCAGUUCUGUGAGACACGGCCGGAGCUCCUGCGCUGCAUCCGCUUCCUGGACGCCGUGGAGGAGUAUGAACUCUCCCCAGAUGAGAAGCGGAAGGAGAUGGGUGAAGAGAUCAUCCAGCGGUUCCUCAGGCAGGAGUCCCCGGACUCCCUGCCCGAGGUGGGCCACCCCCACGCCAGUGAGUACCUGCAGGACCUGCAGAAGAGCCCCUGCAAGGACCUGUUCAGCAGCUGCCUGCGCCCCCUGCACCAGUUCCUGAGCGGGGACCCCUUCGCCGACUACCGGGCCAGCAUGUACUUCGACCGGUUCCUGCAGUGGAAGUACCUGGAGAGGCAGGCUAUCACCAAGGACACCUUCCGGCAGUACCGGAUCCUGGGCAAGGGCGGGUUCGGAGAGGUGUGUGCCUGCCAGGUGCGGGCCACGGGCAAGAUGUACGCCUGCAAGAAACUGGAGAAGAAACGGAUCAAGAAGCGGAAAGGGGAGGUGAUGGCCCUGAACAAGAAGCAGAUCCUGGAGAAAGUCAACAGCCGGUUCGUGGUGAGCCUGGCCUAUGCCUACGAGACGAAGGAUGCUCUGUGCCUGGUGCUGACCAUCAUGAACGGGGGAGACCUCAAGUUCCACAUCUACAACAUGGGGAACCCCGGCUUUGAGGACAAGCGCGUGGCCUUCUAUGCAGCAGAGAUCUGCUGUGGGCUCCAGCACCUGCACCAGGAGGGCAUCGUCUACAGGGACCUGAAGCCGGAGAAUAUCCUGCUGGAUGACGAUGGCCACAUCAGGAUCUCUGACCUGGGGCUGGCUGUCAAGAUCCCCGAGGGUGAGACCAUCCGCGGCCGCGUGGGCACCGUCGGCUACAUGGCCCCGGAGGUGAUCAGCAAUGAGCGAUACACCUUCAGCCCCGACUGGUGGGGCCUGGGUUGCCUGGUGUACGAGAUGAUCGAGGGGCAGUCGCCCUUCCGCGCCCGCAAGGAGCGGGUGAAGCGGGAGGAGGUGGAGAAGCGGGUGCAGGAGGAGCAGGAGCUCUACUCGGACAAGUUCAGCGAGGACGCUCAGGCCAUCUGCAAGUUGCUCCUGGCCAAGGACCCCGGGGUGCGGCUGGGCUGCGGGGCCAGCGGGGCGGCCGAGGUGAAGCGACAUCCCUUCUUCAGGACCAUCAACUUCAAGCGGCUGGAGGCCGGAAUCAUGACCCCCCCCUUCGUGCCGGACCCGCGGGCAGUUUAUUGCAAGGACGUGCUGGACAUCGAGCAGUUCUCCACGGUGAAGGGCGUCAACUUGGACCAAACCGACAGUGAUUUCUACGCCAAAUUCGCCACGGGCAGCGUCUCCAUCCCCUGGCAGAACGAGAUGAUCGAGACCGAGUGUUUCAAGGACCUCAACGUGUUUGGCCCCAGCGGGACCCGCUCCCCCGACCUGGACUGGCAGCGGCUGCCCGAGCCCCCCAAGCGCAGCCUCUUGCAGCGGCUCUUCCGGCGACACCCAGCUGACUACACCAUUGGCACCUCUGUCCACCCCCCCAGCCCAGCUGCUGUGAACUCACACCCUCCUGCGGCCAAAUCCUCCUGCCAGGCACCAGCACCAGCACUGUCUUGACCCCUCGGGGGGCCCCCAGCCCCCGUGUGCCCUCUCAGGGUUAUCCUGGAGCAGCUCUGGGGCCGGGGGCUCCGGGGAUGCUCACGGAGGGGAGGGGGAUGCUGGCACGGGCUGAUGUGGGUGGGCAGGGGGCGAUGGGGGCAGAGGGGUGGAAGCUGCCUUGACCCCAACCCUGCCAGCUCCCCAUCCCUCCAACCUGUUCCUGGAGGCUUCCACUGCAGGACCACCUCCCACCAGCUCCCCUCCCCACUGCCAGGGGAGGGGGCCAGGGCACAGACCUGUUUCUGCUGCUUUUGAGCCCAUUAUCUUAUCACCGGGUCAGAGCGUGACCUCUGCGGGCAUUGGGGGGGGCUGUGGUUUAUCUGCACUCUCCAAAUAGCAACACGGGCAGCCUUGGAGUGGGGGGACACCCUGGCCCCCCCGGCUGUGCUGCAGCAGGAGGGACGGGGUCACCCCGACAGAGCCUCCCCCCAGAGAAGCACGGCCUCCCCUGCUCCGGCCACUGCGGUGGGAAGCGGGCUGGGAGAGGGGAAUUUUCUCGAAGGUGGCUGGGCAAGGAGGGGGUGAGGGGCUCCCCCCAUCCUCACAAGGCAGCUCCAGGCAGCCUCGGGGUUCCUGGGCCCCCCAUCCCUUUGGGCCCUGGUGAAUCUCCAGCACCUUUGGUCGGCGUUGAUCCAGUUUUGUAUAUUUUGUACAUUUGUGAAUAUUUGUACCUCGA